CAAUCAUUUCAAUUCUCUUUUUCGUUUUCUUUCUUUGCUUUCUUAUGUUAAUUCUCAAAUUUCUGAAUGAAAAUUCUGUUGCCUGUUUCUUUCUUUCUUUUCAUCUUUUGCUCGGAAUUUUCAACACACCAUGUAUUCUGCAUUUGGGAGACAUCAAACGCUUUGCAAACUAUGUCAGUCUUUACGUUUCAAGGAUUGGCAUUUGCAUGGGCUCCAUUCAACAAAAAUUGAAAAAUUAGGAGCCAUGGAAUCAGAUUCUCGCCAUUACAAUUGAUACAUUUCCGGGCAAGUUUACGGAGAGGUUACGGUUGAAGAUUGAUUCAGAGCAGCAUAGUUGUAGGGUUUAGCAUUCAAAUUGAUGCCUGGGGUGCUACUUCCUUGAAGCGGCUUCUGAAAAACUAAAGGAAAAUGAUAUUUGUGCAGAGGCUUAGCCCGAAUUUGUGGUGUCCCACACAGUAAAAUUAUAAUUUUACCCUUCUUUUGCAUUUAAGUCAGUACAAAUAUCAGUGUUCUAAGCUUCAACCAGCAUUCUCAGGCUACGUAGUCUGAACCUUUACUACUUGUGCAACAAUUGAAACUAAAGCAGAAGGGAGAAUAUAAUUUUACCCUUCUUUUGCAUUUAAGUCAGUACAAAUAUCAGUGUUCUAAGCUUCAACCAGCAUUCUCAGGCUACGUAGUCUGAACCUUUACUACUUGUGCAACAAUUGAAACUAAAGCAGAAGGGAGAAUCUGGGAGAUUCAACUAGCAAGACAUAUGAUGUGCGCUAGGAUGAGGGUUCAACAUUUUCUAAAUGUUUUGCAACCAACAACCAUAUCCUUUGUGGAAACAAAAUCGGGGCUAUUGUACCUCAAUGCAGAGGUUCGGAACCUAAAGCGAGAGCUCCAAAGAUUCCCAAAUAUGCAGACUUGACCUUCAUCAAGCGCAGGGAUGCGAUUGGGUUGGGAUUCGGUGUUUCUAGCCUCUUCAUUAAUUUGUUUGAUGCUGAAGGAGCUGGAUUGCCUCCAGAAGAAAAGCCAAGACUAUGUGAUGAUACUUGUGAGAAAGAGCUUGAAAAUGUAUGGAUCUUCAGCAGCAUAUUACUUACUCUCUUUUAGACAACUGGCCCUUCAUGCCAUGCGCUCCAAAUUCCAGGUACCAAUGGUGACUACAGAAUCUGGAUUGCAGUACAAGGAUAUUAAAGUUGGUCAAGGCCCGACUCCCCCAGUUGGUUUUCAGGUAGCUGCAAAUUAUGUUGCCAUGGUUCCAUCUGGACAAAUAUUUGAUAGUUCACUGGAGAAAGGUCUGCCUUAUCUCUUCCGUGUUGGCUCUGGUCAGGUGAUCAAGGGACUUGAUGAAGGGAUACUGGGCAUGAAAAUUGGAGGAAAACGCCGACUCUACAUUCCUGGGCCAUUGGCAUUCCCAAAAGGGCUUACUUCAGCUCCCGGACGACCAAGAGUGCCUCCCAGCAGCCCAGUUAUUUUCGAUGUGAGUUUGGAGUACAUCCCAGGCCUCGAAUCAGAUGAAGAAUAGCGGAUGAUACACGCCGUUGCUUGAUGAAAUGCGCGCCCUCUGUGUCGGUCCUGGGCUCCAAUCACAGGAGCUCAGACAGAGAGCCGAAAAGCAAAAACUUGUAAUCUAUAUACAUAUAUAUAUAUAUGCACACGCUUCAUUAGUUGAUUCUUUUGACUUUGUAGAGAAGCAGUACUGUUGCUGCAUUCUGUAUCUCUCGAGUAAACUCCCUCAUCAGUUGCUUGUUCAGUUUGGAUCCGUACAUGCUUGCUAGUCAAGUUUUGGACCCUUGAGAAAUGGAGGAGACUAUUUGACAGAAUUUUCAAAAAAUUAUACAAAAGACCCCUUAGCAAAUGUUUAUUCUA